GCAGCCGAAUGACCCCAAGUGAGUAACCAGCUGAGCUGAGCGACCAAGAACUCGGGACGACUCAGGAGUCGGAGGAGACAAUCUCACUCUCUCCCUCUCCCCUCUCCUCUCCCAAAAUCCACGCCGAGCCCGCCAAAUCCUCCCCCCGGUGCGACUCGCCACGGAUCGCGCGCCGCCGGCAAUGGGGGCCGCCGCCUGCGACGCCGCCGUCGAGGAGCUCACUCGCCUCCUGGACCAAGUCGAGGAGCCGCUGAAGCAGACGUUCCAGAAUGUGCACCAGGGCUAUCCAACAGACACACUAGUGCGCUUCCUAAAAGCUAGAGAGUGGCAUGUUUCAAAGGCUUGUGAUAUGCUUGUGGAUUCCUUGAAUUGGAGGAUACAAAAUGAAAUUGAUAGUAUACUGGAGAAACCUAUAAUUCCUGUAGAUUUAUAUAGAUCAAUACGUGAGACACAGCUUGUUGGAUUAUCAGGAUACUCAAAGGAGGGCAUCCCAGUAUUUGCCAUUGGUGUUGGACAGAGUACAUAUGACAAAGCUUCGGUUCAUUACUAUGUGCAAUCUCAUAUUCAAAUCAAUGAGUACCGUGACCGUAUUGUUUUGCCUAUGGCAUCAAAGAAGUUUGGGCGGCCUAUUAGCACCUGUAUAAAGGUUCUAGAUAUGACUGGAUUGAAAUUGUCAGCACUCAACCAAAUGAAGAUUUUGACUGCAAUAUCUACUGUUGACGAUCUGAAUUACCCUGAAAAGGCAGAGACCUAUUAUAUAGUUAAUGCUCCAUAUAUAUUCUCGGCAUGUUGGAAGGUUGUGAAGCCUCUCUUGCAAGAGAGGACACGGAAGAAGGUUCACGUUUUGCAUGGUUGUGGGAGAGAUGAGCUUCUAAAGAUUAUGGACCACUCCUCCCUUCCCCAUUUCUGUCAGCGGGAAGGCUCAGGAUCAUCUAAAAAUUCGUCGAACGACGUCAACAAUUGCUUCUCUCUCGAUCAUCCUUUCCACCAAGAGCUCUACCACUACAUUGACGAGCAGGCAUUGAACCAGGAGCUCAUCAAGCAGGGCUCCCUGCAUGUGAAUAUCCCUGACCAAGAUCCUGAGGAUGCCAAGAUCGUCGAGGUCAUCGAAGCCGAGUUCCAUAAGCUCGGCGAGCAGAACGGUUCUGUCAAUGGCGAACACAAAGAAUGAACAGGUGGUCGUUGAAGAUGAUCAGCUGCCAUAGCUUACCUACAACACCUUUGGUGGUUUGCUUCUGACGAUUCUUUUCUGUGUCGCUGUGUUGGCAUGGCCACCCCUGUUGUUUUCCUGGGCUAUAGGUGUUACAGAUUUACAAUAGCACAUUCCUGCAGUUGUCCAUGAUGCAAACUGAGGAAAGAACUUGGUCACGGUAUACCAGUUGAAAUAGUCAGACAUAAUCACCUGUAAACUUGCAAUGCACUAUCCAAUAUCUCUAUAUAUGUAUGCUAAUCUUAUCUGAUACCAGGGAAA